AUGUGCAGGCACGAUGGGGGAGGAUACGGAGGAUGGGGCGGCUAUACAGCUAACAUAAAGGCGUGUUGUCGCUUUUUCCUCUUUCCUCGUCCCUUGUUUCCCCUUAUUCUUCAAAAAUACAUGUGUUUUGCAUUAAAGCCGGGAAAUCUAACAACUAAUGGUCGCGGCAGCCUCGUUCAGCUGCUGAAUCAGAUCUUUCCAACCCUCUCCAUUGGCAGACGUCGUUUUUCAAUUCGUUCUUUCUAUACCACGGUAAGGCUCAGAAUCCCUGCAUCCACUUGCCUCUAUGUUUUGCCAUGUACGGCAGAACCUGUCGAAUUCUCUGAGGUCUUUUAG